AAAACGUAAGAAAACUUUUUUCCAUGCAAAAAAAAUAAUUUUAGGAAAAAAACAAAAAAAAAAACGUUUAAAAAAUUUUUGACCACCUUUUGGUCCUGGCAACAUUCAAAUUUGUUGAAAGGAGUCUUUUUGAGUAAGAUUGUGCAAAAAAUCCGAAUUAGAAUAUUUUUCCUAGCGGAUGCGCAGUGGCUUUCUGGACUAGAUUAUUGUAUUUAAAUUGAUUUAAAUUUUGACAGCAUGUUCGAAUGCCCUACGGUUUUGUUUACAACUUUUAUUUGAGGUUAGUUGUUAGUUUACAGUUUACGCAUAGAGAAAUUUUAUUUCUCUACGAGUUUACGUUUGCAUUAUGUUACAGUAUUUUUUAUAGUAUUUACAAGACAAAUACAAUAUAUUACUCAAACAAUACAAUCAUGUAUCAAACUGAAGUAAAACAAGAAGUUGAUGAGACGACUUGCAAAAGAGAAAUAGAUAAUGAAGUAGAUGAAGUUCUACAGGAUACCUUUAAAAUUGAGAUUAAGGAGGAACCUACCAGGGAAAGUGCAAAUGAUACAUUUGAUUAUUCAGACGUUAAGAAACUUUCUAUAAAAGCUGAAAUAGAACAAGAUGAUAGUUUCUCUUGUAAACAUAUAAAAACUGAUGCCAGUAGCCUUUUAACUAAUCAUGAUGGAAGUGAAACUUCCACUACCAAUGUGAACACUGGAGGACAAAGUUUCAUAUGUACCAUUUGCAAGAAGACAUUGUCAAACAAUUAUAGUUUAGAACAACAUAUUAGGAUACACACUGAGGAAAAACCUUUUGCAUGUGGAAUUUGCACCAAACAAUUUUCAAAAAAGAAAUAUUUAUACUCACAUAUGACAGUGCAUACAGAUGAAAAACCAUUUGAAUGUGUAAUUUGCACCAUACGGUUUUUAACGAAGGGUAAUUUAAAAAGACAUAUGAUUGUGCAUACUGAUGAAAAACCAUUUGAAUGUGAAAUUUGCACCAAACAGUUUUCAACAAAAGUGUAUUUAAAAUUGCAUAUGAGAGUGCAUACUGGUGAAAAACCAUUUAAAUGUGAAAUUUGCACCAAAAAAUUUUCAACAAAGUCUAAUUUAACAAUACAUAUGCAAUUGCAUGCUGAUGAAAAACAAUUUGGAUGUGAUAUUUGCACCAAAAAGUAUUCAACGAAACUAUAUUUAAAAUCGCAUAUGAGAGUACAUACUGGUGGAAAACCAUUUGAGUGUGAAACUUGCACCAAACAGUUAUCAACAAAGAGUAGUUUAGUAAGUCAUAUGAUGUUACAUACUGAUCAAAAACCAUUUGAGUGUGGAAUUUGCACCAAACAGUUUUCAAAAAAGAAUUAUUUAAAAAAACAUAUGACAGUGCAUACUGAUGAAAAACCAUUUGAAUGUGAGAUUUGCACCAAACAAUUUUCAACAAAGGGUAAUUUAAAAUCUCAUAUGAUAGUGCAUACUGGUGAAAAACCUUUUGUAUGUGAAAUUUGUACCAAACAUUUUUCAACAAAUAAACUUUUAAAAUCACAUAUGAGUAUGCAUACUGGUGGAAAAUCUUUCACUGGUGGAAAGAUAUGACUUUAUCAUUGUCGACUGACAUGUGGUGAUUUUCCAGAAACUUACAUCGAACAAACUGGCAGAACCUUUGACAAACGUAUAACAGAACACAAAAGGGGUUUUCAAUAAUAGAAAAACGGAUUCUAUGUACGCACUUCACCUUCUAGAUCAUAAUCAUUCUGCGACAUUAACUCGGCUUUGGAAAGGAAUGAUAGUCGAAGUUAGGCAAUUUGAAAGAAAGUAGAGGAUAGGAAAGGAGAAAGGAAGAAGAAUAUAAUAGAAUACCGGCUAAGUAAACUCGAGAGACAAAAGACACAAAGGAGGUGGGAUUUGAGAUCCAGAAAAAAGUAAUAAAAUUAAAACAGAUUUCUUUCUGAAAUGAUUUGGAUGUGAAAGAAUGGAAUCUGGAAGGAUAAAACAGAAAGUCAAAUAAAACCAGAUAGAGAUACAGAACAAACCAAAAUGGACGCCAGUUAAUUUACUCUUCAGCAAAUUAACGAAUCUGUGGAUUAACUAAAGUAAAUUUCCUGAUAUUCAA